AUGGAACUAGAUUCCAGUCUUUAUGAAAUAAUAGAGACAUUGGCUCUUCAAUUGCUGUCGCAAGCGACCUUGAAGGCAUUUGUAUCCGAUGUUGUUAAUUUGCUGAAAUCAUCCACCAAAUCAGCAGCUCAAUUGAGCCCUUUAAUCGACUUUUAUAAAUCGCAAUCGUUGGACUCGCCCGAAACGACAAUCCUGUGGCAUAAAAUUGAAAAAUUUCUCGAUGCUCUAUUUGGAAUCCAGAAUCCCGAUGACAUGGUAAAGUACCUUUCUGUUUUUCAAUCAUUGCUCCCAUCAAAUAGUAAACCGAGAACUGUGCAAACUUCUAACGGUCUAAAUAUGGAGAAUUUGGCAAACCAUGAACAUUUAUUGAGUCCAGGGCGAGCCCCGAGCAUAUAUACAGAAGCUUCAUUUGAAAACAUGGAUCGAUUUUCAGAAAGAAGAUCUAUGAUUUCUUCCCCAAAUCGCUAUGUUCCUUCUUCAACUUAUGGUUCUGUAACUCUGAGGCAGCUAUCAAAUCCCUACUAUGUUAACACCAUACCGGAAGAAGAUAUCCUAAAGUAUGUAUCGUACACUCUAUUGGCUACCACAUCUGCACUAUUUCCAUUUAAUCACGAGCAAAUUCAAAUCCCAUCUAAGAUACCCAACUUUGAGAGUGGUCUUUUACAUUUAAUAUUUGAAGCAGGUUUAUUGUACCAAAAUUUGGGCUCUAAGGUGGAGAAAUUUAGAAUGUCGACUAUAUCUCCAAUGAAAAAAGCAUUAAUUAUUGACAUUUCAGAAGAAUUGCAAAAUUACACAGCAUUUCUAAACAAUUUAGUCUCUUCGGGGACAGUAGUGUCCUUGAAGUCGUUAUAUCGUGAAUUAUAUGAAAAUAUAAUAAUGCUUCGAAUAUACUGUAGGUUUACAGAACACUUUGAUGAACUGAGUGGAGACACCUUCCUGAUUGAAUUAAACAUCUUUAAAUCUCAUGGAGAUCCCACUAUACGAAAAAUAGCGACCAAUUUAUUCAAUUCAAUGAUAUCUCAUUACUACGAAUAUUUGAUGAAUUGGUUAACCAAAGGUCUCCUGCGAGCUACUUACGGAGAAUUCUUCAUCGCUGAAGACACCAAACCAAAUAGCAAUGACGAUGAUUUCAUUUAUCAUAUCCCCAUAGAAUUUGCUCAAGAAAGAAUUCCAAAUUUUAUACCAAAAAAGCUUGCGUAUAAAAUAUUUAUGAUUGGCAAAUCAUAUAUAUUCCUGGAAAAAUACUGUAGGGAGAUCCAAUGGACAAAUGAGUUUUCCAAAAAGUACCACGUUCUGUAUCAAAGUACAUCCUCCAGUGGAAUAUCUACGAGCUUUUUUAGCAUUAUAAAUGAUCAAUAUUCUGAGAUCGUUAAUUACACUAAUCGUGUUUUGAACCAAAAGUUCCAUUAUAAAAAGGUGGUGUAUGCACUAAAAGAUAUCCUUCUUAUGGGUAAGUCUGAUUUUAUGGAUGUGUUGAUAGAAAAGACCAGCGAUAUUCUCGCAACGCCAUCAGGUUCAUUGCCAAAUUAUAAACUAACGAGGUUUUUACAGGAAGCUGUGCAACUCUCUUCCCUAAGACACUUCACUAACAACUCUGGUGAUAGCUCGGUCAUUAAUGGGUUGGAUGCAAGGGUACUCGAUCUAGGACACGGAUCGGUAGGUUGGGAUGUAUUCACUUUGGAUUACAUAUUGUAUCCACCCUUGAGUUUAGUAUUAAACGUGAACCGUCCUUUUGGUAGAAAGGAGUACCUGAGAAUUUUCAAUUUUUUAUGGAGAUUCAAGAAGAACAAUUUUUUCUAUCAAAAGGAAAUGUUGAAGAGUAAUGAUAUAAUUAGAUCGUUCAAGAAAAUCAGAGGUUAUAACCCCCUCAUUCGCGAUAUUAUCAACAAACUUUCCAGAAUCAGCAUACUUAGGACUCAAUUUCAGCAGUUUAACUCUAAAAUGGAAUCAUAUUAUUUGAAUUGUAUUAUAGAGGAAAAUUUUAAGGAAAUGACCGGGAAACUAAAUUGCACAGAAAAAAAGGACCAGAAUCGAUAUGAUUUAAUUACAUUGAAGGAUGGUACCAUAGAAUUAAAUGGAAUUUUACCCCCAAAUAUUGAUGUAUUAACGAACUCUUCAAAAUAUAAACCUCAACAAUACAAGUUGGAAAAAACAUUAAAUAUUGAUGAGUUGGAAAGUUUACACAAUACCUUCCUAACAAAUAUUCUUUCUCAUAAACUUUUCGCAACUAAUGCAAAUGUUGGCGAUUAUUCCGGACAACCGUAUCCAACUUCUUUGGUUUUACUUUUAAACUCUGUUUACGAAUUCAUUAAAGUUUACUCCCGCUUGAACGAGAUUGCCUACGAAAUUUUUAUUAAAAUGAAUCUCAACGAUCAUGAAGCGUCUAAUGGGUUAUUAGGAAACCUGAACGCAGUAUUAAAGGAGGUCGUCAGUCAGUACAAGAAUUUUAAAGAUAGGCUACACAUCUUUAGGGCAGAUUUGAAGAAUGAUGGGGAUGAAGAGCUUUUUUUGCUGAGCAAAUCAUUACGUUAA